AUGGCCGUGAAACCAAAGAAAGCCACGAAGAAAUUCCAGAAACGCCACUUGGGUGAUACCCUGGAAAGACGAAAGGAGUUUGCCAAGAUCAAACAGAGGCACCAAGUAAAUGACAAGAAGAAGGCCAGAAAUGCGGAGCGACGCGAGAAAGAGGCCGCCGAGCAAGUGAUUGAUCCUAAGGAACAGGCCAAGGAAAAUGCGUUCGCCGAGAUGAACGUCGAUGAUUUCUUUGCUGGAGCUUUCGAGAUCUCGGAACCGAAGAACAGCAAAGGGAAGAAAGCGCAGAAGAAGGAUGUGACACCCAAAAUUGGCAAACGAAAGCGGACGGACGAGAAUGCUGAGGAUGAGGAAUCUGCAGCUGAAAGCGCUGGGAGCGACGCUGAGUCGGAUGGCGAGCAACAAUCUGAUGCUAGCAGCGUUGGCGAUUUCACAGAACACAAGGGACAAUUGGAGGCUCUUAAAGAGAAAGACCCGGAGUUCUACAAAUACCUCAAGGAAAACGAUGCCGAGCUUCUCGAUUUUGAUGAUCAUGGUGACCUGGCUGAAGUGGAUGAAUUGAGCGAGACCGACGACGGCCCUGCUAAAAAGAAGAAGAAAUCCAAGGGUACGACAAACGACGAUGAGGUGGAGGAGGCUUCGAUUGACAACACGAUUACUAUGUCCGAGGUGAAGAAAUGGCAGAAGUCUUUGCAGGAGCAGCAUUCAUUGAGGGCUCUGCGUCAAGCAGUACUUGCCUUCCGGGCAGCAGCAUACGUCAAUGAAGCAGAAAGCGAGAAUAUAAAGUACACGAUUUCAGAUCCUGAUGUUUACCACCAAGUCCUCAUCACAGCGUUGGAAUUGGUCCCCAAAGCAUUGGCACACCAUCUACCAGUUAAGGAAACUGCAGGGGGCAAAGUCAGAGUGUCAGCGGAGUCGCAGAAAUUCAAAACACUUAGCUCACUCAUCAAAUCUUAUAUGUCGUCGGUCCUUCAGCUUCUUACCAACUUAUCCGAUGCAUCUACUCUAAAGCUCACACUUUCAUCCAUCGAGCCGAUGCUGCCAUAUCUCAUCCAGUUCCGGAAACUUCUGAAAGUCAUUGUAAAAACCGUGGUCAGCAUUUGGUCUGACAACACUAACUCUGAAGCCGUUCGUGUUACUGGUUUCUUGAUCAUGCGCCGUCUGAUGAAAAUUGGUGAUGCCGGAAUCCGGGAAGCAGUGUUGAAAGCAACCUAUGAAGGUGUCGUGAAAGGCAGCAGGAACACCACAGUUCAUACGCUUGCCGGUGUCAAUCUGACAAAGAACUCGGCAGCGGAGAUUUGGGGCAUUGACCAGAAUGUGUCUUACACAGCCGGGUUUAGUUUUAUUCGCCAGCUUGCCAUCCAUCUUCGAAGCAGCAUCACAAAUAAGAGCAAAGACUCGUACAAAACGAUCUACAAUUGGCAAUACGUGCACUCGCUUGAUUUCUGGUCUCGUGUGCUCUCUCAGCAUUGCAAUGCCCUAGUUGAGGCAGAAGCCGGCAAACAAUCUGCUCUGAGGCCCCUGAUAUACCCUGUCGUGCAAAUAACGCUGGGCGCUAUGCGCUUAAUCCCCACCCCCCAGUAUUUCCCUCUACGUUUCCAGCUUGCUCGUGCUCUCCUACGUAUCUCGCGCUCUACAGGCACAUACAUUCCUCUAGCCCCGAUCCUUCUGGAGGUUCUCAACUCUACCGAAAUGAGAAAGCCCCCGAAGUCCAGCACAUUGAGACCCUUGGAUUUCAACACGUCUAUUCGAGCAGCGAAGUCAUACAUUCGCACUCGCGUGUAUCAGGAUGGAGUGGGCGAGCAGGUCGUUGAGCUGUUAUCCGAGUUCUUUGUUCUUUGGACAAAACAUAUUGCAUUCCCUGAGCUCUCGCUACCUAUUGUUGUGAUGCUCAAACGUUGGCUCAAGGAGGCUGGAUCCCGCAACAAUGGCAAUAAAAACUCAAAACUCAACCACACGGUUUUACUCCUGGUGCAAAAGAUUGAACUCAAUUCUCGAUGGAUCGAGGAGCGCCGGGCUAAAGUCACCUUUGCCCCCAAGGAUAGGGCAGACGUGGAAAACUUUCUCAAGGAGACAGAGUGGGAGACGACACCUCUUGGUGCAUUUGUCAAGACUCAACGUAAGUUGCGCGAGGAAAAGGCAGCUAUUCUUGAACAAGGCAGACAAGACGAGGAAACGCAACGACAAAAGGAGCGCGAGAAUUUGAACGAUGAUGAUUUGUUGUCAGAGGUUGAAAGUGAGGAUGACAAUGAGGAGGUCGACGAAGACGACGAGGACGAUGAUGAUGAUGAGUGA